UAUAAAUUAAUUUCAAAUUCUUGAGGAAAAUGAUUGAUGACCCCAGAUUUGGCAAAGACCAGCUUAAUGAAACAGUUGAUUACCUGAGCAAGCAAGAGAUUGGAGUGAUCAUCUCACAAGGCUUGGCAGAGACAUAUCGUGAACAACCAAGCAACCCUGUUGAUUACUUAGGCAAAUGGCUCCUAAACAACACUAGGAGGGAAGCCCAAAAGGUUUGUGACGAUGACAGGAAAGAUCAUGUCAAAGAACUCAUUGCUAUUUAUGAAAGAAACCUCAAACUGGCUAAAUUAGAGGAAGAUGAUAAAAAGAAAAUACAGAAGGCAAAAGAUGACAAGGAAGAAGCUUUCUUUACUAAAGUUGAAAAAUGUGAGGAUCAUGAAGAUAUUGUUCAAGAUCUUUGUGAGUACCUCCAGGAGUACACCAACUCUACCUCUGUCUUUGUGAGCAAAUUAGUUCAGGAGAAAAACCCUAUCGAAGAAGACGACAAUGAUAAGGCACAUUUGAAAGAAGAUGGGGCUCUUUUCUUAGACAUUCAUCAUUCAGCUCCAGAGGAGUUCAAAUUUUUGUUAAGAAAAACAAUCGGAAUUGAUGAAGGAGUUGUUCACGACGUUUUCAAGGAGGAACCUCAAACAGAGCCUAAUGAAGUUAAGGCUACUGAAGAAGAAGCUGAGGCUGAAGGGGAAGAACCCCCUGAACAGAAGCCAGCCUCUGUGGAUAUUGAAGAGAUAGUCAGAGAACCAAGGAUAAAAUUUUUCAAAGUUCCUCGACUUGGAAACCUUUUCUGUAUACGUUUGAGUUAUGAAAGAUGUCUCUUUGAGCAGGCGUUGGAUGAAGCAGUCAAAGAUGUCUAUGACGUAGAAAACAAGAAGAGGCAGCAAGAGAUCGAAAAAGCAAUGUUUGAAGAACAAGAAGCUAAAAGAAAAGAAGAGGCUGAAAAGAAUGAAACUGAGUUUGAACCUGAGGAGAAAGAAUGGGAAGAAAUCAAACUCAAACCUUAUGAGACUGAGAUGGUCGAUUACGCGGUCUGCUUAGACACAAUGGGCCAGGACAGACAGUUCACUGAAGCUGAGAAGGAAAAAGUCUUCAAAGCAAUCAUGACCUUUUCUAAAGUAUGGCAGGAGCAAGAGAGAAGGAAUCUGGAAAAAGAUGUAAAUAGGCGGAUUGAAAAAGCAGAAGAAGAUAAGACCUUUAUUGAAAAAGCCAAAGCUCGCUUUGAAGAAGUCUCUGAAAAGUGGGUUGAGCAGAAUCUUGAGGAAAGUGAGGAGAACAGAGACGAAAAACUGAAGAGACUUGAGUAUAAGAAGAUGAUCCUCAACGGAGAAGUCAUUGAGAUCCGUCCUGAAUCUCCUUCAGAGACCAAGAAAGAAGAUAGAAGGGAGAGAAGAAAGAGAAAAGAGAGGGAAGACAAGGAAAAAGAAGAGAAUAAGGAUGAUUCUAAAGACCAAGCUGAAGAGGAAGAUAUUGAUUUCACUGAGAAAUGGAAAAAUGAUUUAAAAGAGCUCACACAGUAUAGAGUUAUCAAAAUGGCAAGAGUCAUCCAAACUGCAUUCUACCUGCUUAAGUAUACCAGGGAAGAUAUCUGCGAGGAGAAGACAAAUUGUCUAGACUGGAAGAAAACUAAGAAGUAUCUCAAUGAUGACUUCUUUAAAAAUCUGAAGGAGUACCAGCCAAUUGGAGAGAAGAAGGAUGAGUAUAAGGAGUACCAGAAAUUGAAUUUCUUGAUGAAAUAUCUAGAGGAAAUACAACUCCAAGAUAUCGAGGCAUACAGCCUUGCUUUGGGUCAGCUCUUCCUGUUCUUGCAGCUAGCGAUGAAAAUUCGUAAAGAAGAUGUGCUUAAGAGGUACCUCAAUAAUCAGAGAUUGAAGGAGGAAAGAGAAACAGCUGAGAAAUUAGAGGAGGAAAGACUUGAAGAAAGAGCAACAUUCCUUGAAGAUGAGAGGCAAAAGUGGGAAGACGAACACAAAAAGCCAGAGCCUAAAGAAGGAGAAGGUGAAGGAGAAGAUGAUGAAGAGGACGAAGAAGCUGAAGGAGAAGGUAAAGAAGAGAAGCAGUUUGAUGAAGAAGCUACUCUUGCUAAAUUUGAUAAAGAGAAACCUCCUACUGAGAUCCCUCCGCCAGUUGUAGAUGAUAUUGACAAUGAUAUUGAGCUCACUGAAGAAGAUAUUAAUCCUCCUCAGGAAUAAAUUCAGUUCAUUUCAACAUUGA